UUCUUAAGAAGUGUACCAAAAACAAACACUCUCGUUUUUCCAAAACACUUUCCUUUCCUUUCCUUUCCUUUUCCUUUCUCACUGAUUGACAUAAUAUUGUUGUCAUAUACACUCAUGAAAAAACAAUUUUUCUUGUAAGGAAGAAGAAGAAAUUCACACUUCUAUUAAGAAUUCAAGGGUUUUCACAGGAAAUUUAUCUCUAAACAUGUCGCGACUUAUAGUUUUUCUCUUAUUUUUUGUGGUGGCUACACCGAUAAUCAAUGGAUUGAAUCCACGAAAACUCGAUGAGGGUGAGAACAAGUGUGGAGGUUGUCCUUGUGAUAAACCUUGUAAUCCACCAGCUUCUCUGUCGCCACCACCGCCGCCGCCGCCGCCGCCACCACCACCAACCCCAAAGAAACCACCAAGUGGCUAUAAAUGCCCUCCUCCUCCUUAUUCCGGUGGUGGCGGAGAUGGUGGUGGUGGAGGUGGUGAAAAUGUUCCUUAUCCUCCAAAUUCACAAUACAUAUAUAUGACUGGUCCACCAGGGGAUUUGUACCCCGUUGACCAUGAUGUUGGUGGUGCAAAAAGGAGCUUUUCUAGUGGAUUUCCACUUUUGAUUGGUGGAUUUUUCUUGGGAUUGCUUUCUUUUUGGUGAAAUUCAUGAUCAAAUCAAAUUUCAUGAGUAAAGAAUAAGAGGAAGAAGCAGCAAAUUUCAGAGACCAAUUAUUUUGUGACUAUGAAUUUUCUAUAUAUUAGGUUGGUCCUUAUUAAUUAGCUGUAAUCUUUAUGUUAUUAUUCAUGUAUUUCAUAACCUUAUAAUUCUUCUUCCA